AUGAACGCUAAUUCCGAGCUCCCUGCUUAUGGAAUUCUGCAUUCAGCGCUGCUUCUGUAUCAGGAAACAUUCUGGCGUCCGCCUCUUGUCCAAAUCGGGCUCUGUCGGGGAAGUGCGCUUUGGUUCCCCAUAAAGGCCAAAUCUGGAAAUACCAUUUCCGACCUGCCGAGGAGCAAACCAAGAUUCCUGCCUCUUGGGGAGGCAAAAGGGCUGCCUUCAAAGUCACAAGCAAACACCAACGGAUUCAAUGUCACUGAGACGGCUUCGAUAUCGAUUCAUGUCACCUAUCGACAGGUGGCAGAUGCUCUGGCAGCGUCGACACUGUUGAAUGUCGAACGAGAUAUCGAGUGUACUCCAGCACAGCAGGAAGUGCUUGAGACAGAGUAUGACCCUACUAGCAGAACCGUCAUCCGCUUGGAUCUCUCGUCCGACAUGGUGAGGAGCUAUGAACGACUUUCAGAGGCGUGGCAUGCCUUAGCACAAGGGCACGAUGUCCUGAGAACCAUCUUCGUCAAGGACGAGACAACAACUCGGCCCCGAUUUCGACAAAGAGUUUUAAGGAGCGCAAGCCCGGUGCAACUUGGUUCCCUUCACGAAGUUCAACGUUUGGUACAGCCCCACGACCGUGCAUCUCUAGUCCUGGAGUGGGACAAAUCCGCUCCGACGAUCUAUGUCUGUCUGCAUCCUGCGCUGGCGGAUCGGACCUCCCUCGGAUCCUUGUGGAAGGACUUUUUGGCUAUCCUCAGUGGAGGGGCCAUGGUAGCUCGACUACCAUUUUCGGCCUACUCAGACAAACUCAAUACGCGCAAGCCGGAUCAAGCUCGAGCGUACUGGAUGCAGGCAUUAGACAACGUCGCACCGAUCUCUCUCCAUUGCAUACCUCUCGAGCGGCAGCAUGUAUUUCGGACCACCGAGUCACGUACAGGCACACGCAUCCUUGGCUCCGAUUUGGCAUUGCUCUCAAAGAAUUUGGGAUUAUCCGACUCGUCAGCCAUCGUAUAUACUGCCUUUGGUCUCACCCUAUCUCAACACUGCCAGGGAAAUGGUGACACGGUGGUAUUUGCUGUGGAAGGAAGAGAUCGAACAGUGGAGGGAUAUGAUUCAGUUGUGGGCUUUGCAGACCAGGAAUAUCCGUUGAAACUGGACCUGAACACAGAUAUCUCGGUGUCUGAGGCCAUUCAACAGACCCAGGCACUGAAUAUCGCAGCCUCCUCCCACGCAUUCCUUGGAUACAAGGCAAUCCAAUCGAUCCACGAAUCCGCCCGCUGCGACUGGAGCAUCCGGAUCUCUGGCGAGGACAAGAACCCUGAGCUAAGAGCCAGGAGUUUUCCCGUGACCAUAAAUGUCCAUUUGGGCCAGUGGGUGUCGAUUUCCGCGCAACAUGAUACGGCCAUCCCAGAGUCCAAGAUGAGAAUCAUUCUCAACCACUUUUCAACGGCACUGGCAACUGUAGUGAGCAAACCCACCAUGCCUCUGGAAGAAGUGGAAAUCAUCCCUCUGGAGGAACGUGCGUUCCUCGAAGACCUAGGGAAACCGGUCACAGAUCCGGUCUACGACAACGUCCACAGAUUGUUCGAACGCCAGGUGGAGAAGACCCCUGAGUUCCCGGCUGUUCAGUUUGAAACAGAUCCUCCAUUGACCUACGAGCAACUCAACUGUAUAUCCAACCAGGUAGCUCGACAGCUAUCAUCUGGGCGGGGAAGCUUCGUGCCCGUCUGUCUGCACCGGUCUCUCAACCUCAUAAUUUCUCUGCUGGCCAUUCUCAAAACGGGAGCAGCGUAUGUCACGCUUGAUCCCGAGACACCCGAUGAGCGCAAUAAGUUUAUCGUGGAGGAUGUCAAUGCACAGUUUGUCAUUGUAGAUCGGCGGUCCGCCGGUCGGUUUGUGAACGAAGUGGUAAUCGAGGAUCUCAUAGAAAGCUCGUACUAUAUCCAAGAUACCAAUCUGGCGCGGUUCUGCGAGCCCAAUGAUCCUGUGUAUGUGAUCUAUACAUCUGGCUCUACCGGCAAGCCGAAGGGAGUCUUGCAUAGACACUCCUCAGCCACAUCCGGCCUUGCAGCGUUCCCAACACUCCCCGACCUGCGUCAGCUCCUUUUCCACAAUCCUGUCUUCUCGGCCGCACAACGGUCAGUGUGGUCGACCUUAAAACAAGGCGGCUGUCUCUGCUUGGCGAGCAAGGAGAAUCUUACCGUCCAUAUUGGCCGCACGAUCAACCAAAUGCAGAUCAACGUCAUUGAUGUGACGCCGUCUACUGCGCUGCUUAUAACUCCCGGGACUGUACCUUGUCUCCGACGCAUGACCGUGGCGGGGGAAUUAAUCAACCCGGCGUUGAUCCCUAUGUGGGUGAAUGAGGUCGAGUUGCUCAACGCAUACGGCCUGAGCGAGAACACGCAAGUGAACUGGCGACGGGAGAUGAUUCUGGGCCAGAAUCCGCAGAAUAUUGGCCGCCCCAGUGAUACCACAACCGCUUUUGUUCUUGUGCCAGGGACGACGAAACUCGCCCCUUUGCUUGUUCCCGGGGAAUUGUGCCUGGGCGGACAUCAACUUGCAGUUCAUUAUCUUAAUCGGCCGGAGAAGACCGCCGAAGCUUUCAUCCCGAAUCCAUUUGCUCCUGGUCGACUUUACCGCACUGGAGACAUGGUCAUUACGCAUGAAGAUGGCUCCAUUGAAAUGGUGGGACGAAUCGACUUCCAGGUGAAGGUUAACGGGCAACGAGUUGAGCCUGGCGACUCCAACACAAUCAUCCAGUCCCACGCCCCUGUUUACACCUCCAGUGUUGUGUCGGCACAGAUCAAUGGAGAAAGGGUGUUGGUAGCAGUUGUGGUUCCCAAGAGAGAAUCAAACUGGUCAGAGUUGCGCUCAGCGCUGAAGGAUCUUCUUCAACAGCAUAUCCCCAGCUAUAUGAUGCCUACCUACUGGCUGUGUGAGAAGGAACUUCCCCUCAACGUCAACGGAAAAGUUGAUAUUCCCAAACUGUCAAAGUAUGUGGAAGGCUUGGGGCGAGAGCAUCUAUUGCGAUACUCUUCGGAUCAUUACCAUCAGCCCCACACUAACGGCUAUAACAAUGGGCUCGUAUCCAGUGAUGCCAAUGGACAACAAAACGGAUCCGUUGAAGACAUCCUCACAGAAGACCAAGCAGCACUGCGGGAGAUAUGGGCCUCCAUCUUAUCCCUCCCGGUCGAGCGCAUUUCUCCCCACGAUCUUUUCCAGUCGCUGGGUGGCACAUCCUUGAACGCCAUCAGAGUCUCUUCCCAGGCCAGCCAGUCCGGGCUUCGAGUCUCAGUCCCUGAUGUUCUUCGCCUACCACUCAGCGAGAUCAAACUACAGAAGAAACAAGUCAAGACGACUGAAUCUUCGACCACGAACGCUCCAUUCUCCCUCCUACCCAACAAUAGCAACUUCAACCGGGACAACGCAGAAGACGCCUUCCCAACCACCUCUCUCCAGGAAGGCUUGCUUAUGGAUUCGUUGAUGGGCAACUCCACUUACAUCUACCGGCGUUACUACCGCAUUCAAGGAAAACAGUUAGAUGAGGUCCUUGACGCCCUGAAAGAAAUGGCGUCCUAUCACCCCGUGCUACGCACAACCUUUGUCUCCAACAAAACGUCCUAUUUACAAGUCAUCCGAAAGACGGCUAAUCUCUCCUGGCAAAACCUCGACAUGACACCGCAAGAGUUCUCUGCCCUUCCAAAACGCACGGUCGACCUAGGGGGCGAGUUUAUCCACUUCGCAGGUCUACAAGGGAACAUCCUCGCUAUCACAGUGCAUCAUGCUUUGCUCGACUACUGGUCUAAUAGCUUUUUCGUUGAUGACAUGGUAGCUACCUUAUUGGGAAAGCCGCUGGUGAUCCGUCCCAGCUUUGCCAAUUUCAUCCAGUAUACCCUCACCCAGCAGAAAGACAGUGAAGUAGGGAAGUUCUGGCAGGAGACGUUGCGCGAUGCUAUCCCUUCACUGCUUGGUGGAAGAACUUCCGAGAACAAUAUCGUGCGAGCACUGGUAAACCCAAACUUGCUGGGAUUUGCUGCCGAGAACAAAGUCUCUGUAGGUGCAUUGAUAUAUGCUGCUUGGGCAGUGGUCUUGUCUCUGCACACCAUUCAGCAAGAUCUUAUUUUCGGUGUUACACUUUCCGGUCGGGACGUCCCUGUUGAAGGCAUCCUCAAGAUCUCUGGUCCAACCGUCACUACCGUCCCGUUCAGAGUGCAGAUUGAUGCCGAUACCUCUGCAGUCGACUUGGCACGAAAGAUACAGGAGGACAUGUGGGAGAUCUCUCCCAAGGCACAGUAUGGGUUGCGAAAUAUCCUACGCGCUGCAGGACCAAAGACGGCUCUCUAUGACACCGUUGUCAACGUCCUGGUCCGCGAGGAUGUCUCCAGUUCAACGGAUACGUACAGUAUCCUCGACCCGUGUCCACCCCAUGAGCCAAAUUACCUUGAUCAGACGAUGCUGGAGGCGGAGACUACGUCUGGCGGCCUGGAGCUGCGUCUUUUGUCCUCUAUCCCGUCCCAAAGGGCUUCGUUCAUCUUGGGAAAUGUAGUCGAGACGCUCAACGCAAUGCUCGGCGAUACUCUCAGACCCAUCAAGGAUAUCAGUCCUACUUCAGCAAAGGAGCGGAAAUUCCUUGAUUCACUGUCUUUGACCAGACCUGUUCAACAAGGUCAACUGGCACACUCGCUUCUCGAGCGGAUGGCAGUUACAUAUCCGGAACGGUGCGCCCUACAUCAUAUUUCCGGCCAACGACUCUCGUACGCAGAGUUCCACUCGGCAGUGGCCAGUAUGGCGUCCUAUCUUCGCACGCUGGGCGUGGAAACAGGAGACGUGAUUCCUCUUUGUCUUCAAAAGUCCGUUAACACUCUCAUAGCUGUGUUCGGCGUGCUCAAAGCCGGGGCAGCGUUCACGCCUUUGGAUCCGAAGAAUCCUCCCGCUAGGAAUGAAUUCAUUGUUAGCGAUGUGGCCGCUACUUUGGUGAUCACCGACUCGCAUAACGCGAGCCGCUUUGCUUCCUUCUCUGGCGACGUUAUCAACAUGGACCAGAUUGAAAUGCGGCUCCAGGAUAAAUCAACAGCGACUCUCGUUAUCCCGGAACUUACCCCCGACAACCUCGCCUACAUAAUAUACACCAGCGGUUCAACGGGCCUCCCGAAGGGCGUGCAAGUGUCUCACCGCGCUGUCGCGGCUUCUAUGGAGGGGAUGAAAGAAGCAUGCAACGUCACAAAAGAAUGGAAUGUACUCUGGUUCCUCAAUUACGUAUUCGACGCGUCCUACUUCGACGUGUUCACCGUCUUGGGAGCCGGAGGAACAAUCUCCAUCGCAGAUCAGGAUACUAUGAUCAACGACUUGGCCAUGUGCGUGAAUAAAUGCAAUGUCACACAAUUGAUGAUCACGCCGACCAUCUCCAAGCUCCUCUCGCCGGAAAGAGUGCCUGGCCUCCGUACGCUCCUGGUUUGUGGUGAACCAAUCACACCGGAGGUCGUGUCUGUUUGGGCGACGAGAAUGGAGGUCUAUAAUGGAUACGGACCUACCGAAGCAACAAUUCUCAUGACAGUGUCAAAAGUGACACCUGACGGCAACCUCAAGAGUAUAGGCUACCCCCUCAAGGCCGUCAAGGCAUCCAUCCUGCAUCCAGAUACCCUCUCACCUGUCCCCUGGGGCACUGUUGGUGAGCUCUGUGUGAGUGGGGACCAGGUAGCAAUGGGAUAUCUCAACCGACCAGACAUCACUGCGUCAGCGUUCGUCAGCACCAAGGAUGGGUCCGUCCUAUAUCGGACUGGUGACUUUGCGCGCUGGCUGCCAAACGGUGAGAUCGAAUGUCUGGGGCGGAAAGACAACCAGAUCAAAUUGAACGGCUUCCGGAUUGAACUGGGCGAGAUUGAGAACGUGCUUCUCAGCAACGCCGGUGAUUUUAUCCAGUCAUGCGCGGUAGGCGUUGCGGAGGUCCUUGGCAAGAAACAGAUUGUCGUUUACUAUGUGCCUGCGAACAAGAGCCUUCUGCCCGCAACAGCAGACGAUGAGAACGAUGAGAUACUAAUUCCCCAGGCCGUUGUUGAGCCCGCGCUGAUUACAGAGCGAUUGUCAUCUCUCGCGCACUACAUGGUCCCGAGGCUUUUCUUGCCCUUGCGUUCAUUCCCUCUCCUUGCAUCUGGCAAGAUCGAUCGCAAGAAACUGAUACCAUUCGCUGAGGGCCUCAAACCAGGGGAUCCUGCGCGGUAUGCUUCAACAGCGACUGCGCAAGCAGACUCUUCGUUCUCCGUGCUGUCGCCUGAAGAGCAAGUUCUCCGUGACGCAUGGGCAGAGCUAUUCGGCAUCGACGCCGAGACUAUCCAACCGUCAGAUCUAUUCUACAACUACGGCGGCGACUCCAUCGCAGCGAUCAACCUGGUGAAUAUGCUCCGACAGGCCAACUACACGCUCUCCGCCAACGACGCAGUCACAUAUCCAUCCCUGAAGGAACAAGCCGAACAUCUCACACCUACUGUUGCAUCUACAGCACACACCCUCGAGUUUAUCCCAAGUGAAUCCGUCCACCGUCAAUUACAACACGCCGGCAUUGAUGCAAGCCAAGUGGAGGAGAUCUAUCCAUGUGCACCGGGACAAGUCGAGUUCCUUACGCAGGGCCAUAAACCGGAGCAGUUCUGGCAGCUGAUGACAGUGCGCCGACUUCCCCGUGGAUUCAAUCUGGAACAAUGGAUUCAUCUUACGACACGUCUGACGCGGGAGAACCAGAUCCUUCGGGCCAUGUACCUGCGUCAAGAUGAGGAGGACCCGUUGAGCUGGGUCCAUGUGAUCCUCAAAGAUCCUGUCCUCGAUCUCACCAUCGUGCCGUGUCAUAACGAGGUGGAUCGAGCACGCCUAAUCCAGACGCACUGGGAUACGCUCUUCACCCUGGGCAAGCCCUUCGUCCGAUACCUCAUUCUCCAACACGAUAACGGCACCAUGGAUCUGGUCACGAAACUCGACCACGCUAUGUACGACGGCACUUUACUCCGGAUCUUCGAUGACCAGUUCGCUGCCCUGCGUGAGGGCCGGGCACUCCCUGACUCCACCCCAUUCAAAGACUUCGUUGCAUACACCACACACAGCGGCCGUGACAGGAAAGUCUCCGUCUUCUGGCAGAAUCUCCUGCGCAACAACUCCUUCGCGUACCCAGCUUCCUUCACUACCCCUCGCAUCCCAAUGCGUACAGUGACCUCACAAUGCACCACACUGGUCAAUCCCUUUGCACAACAAGCGGGAGUGACCCCCUCCAUCGUCUUCCAAACCGCCUACACCAUCCUCCUCUCACACCUCGCCAAGUCGCAAGACGUGACAUACGACUACCUCCUCACAGGGAGGAACGUGUCCAUGGACAAUCCGCAAAGCAUCAAUGGGACUUGUGCGAAUUUCCUUCCCUUCCGAUCGAGGUUCCAGGGGGACACACCCAUCCACAGUUUGUUAAAGUCAACCCAGUCGCUUUUCUGGGAGAUUACGGAGCAUGGAAAUGUGACUCUGGGAGAGAUCUAUCGAUUCCUUGGGGUGGAGAGGGAGCAAGCGGCGGCCAAGACGCUGUUCUUGUUUCAGCCUUUCGAACCGGUUCGUCGUGGGGCAAACGAUGAGCCGGAGCAUAUGCGUUGGAUUGUGAUGGCAAUGAGCGAUGUGACUAUGUAUGUGAACUAUGCGAUCAUGUUCGAGGUGUUCAAAGACGUUGGCGGGCAGCACCGGCUGAAGAUGCAGUUUGAUGAGAGGGUCUUCACUGUUCAAGAGGCGCAGCAGGUCAUGGGCAUCUAUGGAAAGAUUGUCGAGGAGAUUGUGCAGGUGGAUUUUGCUUCGACUGUGCAGAGCUUGCAAGGCAGGAUUUAG